AUGGUAUCAUUUUCUAGCUUGGCCAGCUUCUGCCUGGCUCUCGCCUCGCACGUUUCUGCGACAAUCCUCCAGAACGGACAGGUGAAGGAGACCAACUACCCGGAUACUUCCAUUGACCCGGCCGCACAAUCAUUCAAGACAUAUCCCGCAAACGCCACCGAAAUCUCCUACAAGGGCCGGUGGGACUCCAAAUAUGUCUCGUGGUGGUCAGCGCCGGGUAUCUCAUUCGGUUACACUGGGCAGACGGUAGCCAUCUCCUUUGGCAACUUGACCGACAAUGGUGUUCUCGUGGGCUACCGCAUCGGAGGGCUUGACUGGAUGUUUACCAACAUCACUUCCGGCGCCACACAUCUCCUCGUGAGCCCCGAUGCUCCGGGCUCGAACGAGACGGCACCCAUUAACCCCACCACCUUUGAACUCCGGGUCACCAACUGGGCGUAUGGGGUUCAAAUCGAGGCCGUCCACGUUGCUGAAGGUGAGAAGUUGAUCAAGAUCCCGGAUUUUGGCCGUCGCAUCGAGGUCAUUGGUGACAGCCUCGCCGCGGGCAUGUACACCACAUAUGAAGGGCUGUCAAGCUGGGCUUACGGUCUCGGCGCCGGGUUGGGCAACACGGAAUACACUGUCACUGCGUACCCCGGAAUUUGCGCAGCGGACCAAGACUGCUGGGGUAACCCGCGGGGGCAAGCUCAUCAGUGGUUCUACACCUCCGAUACGAGCUACCGCGCGUCGGUCAUUCACGGUGAUAACCCGGAGCCCUGGGACUUCGAGAACCAUCCGGCCGCCGACAUCGUGGUCAUCAACAUCGGCACCAACGACAACAACGAAGCGAACAAUGUCACCACGGAAGCAUACAUCGACGGCCUAACUAAGAUCAUCCAGGGGGUUCACAGCAAAUGGCCUAAAGCCCAAGUCGUGGUUUGUUCUCUCUGGUUAGGCUUCCAUCAAUCCGGCAACUCAUUUUCCCCCGAGUGGACAGAUGGCUGGGUCAAUGAGAUCUACGACCUAGUCCAAUGGUUCAACUCGAAAGACUACCUCAAAAACCCCACCAUAUGGGACGGCGUCACCAACACGACGUCAACCACGGGCAAGAAGUCGGACCCCUUUGUCCACUACUUCAACACCACGGGCAUCCUACAGCACAACGAUAUUGGGCCGCAGUGGCACCCUACCGAUGUCGGCGCCAUUAAGGUUGCCAGCCAUCUUCAACAGUUUAUUCGUAUUAAGUUUGGCUGGGACCUUUACGCUACGGGGCCAGAGAUCUUCCAUGAUACGCUUUAUUGGAACGAUGAGCAGAGCUACUGA